AUACUAUAUGAGAACGCCAAAAAAAUGGUCAAACAUGAAACUCAAACUGUGCUGCAUAUGUAUUGGUAAUAAUCAGUGAAUAGCAAGUAGCACUAAUUGCAGUUUUCUUCUCUCUCGUAUAUAUCAAUAUUGUCGGGGAGCGAGCAAGUUCGUGCACCCUACCCCACACAAUAUUAUAUAUAAUACACAAAGUUACAAACCAAACCCUAAUCACCUUAUUCCCAACCAAGCCCUUCCUUCUUCUACCCUUGUCAUUAUUUUUUUUCUUCUCUGUUGACUCAAAAACAAUACUAUAUCACUCUUACCAAUCAAUCAUCUCCUUCCGAUAUACCUCGAGAGAGAGAGAGAGUUAAUUAGUUUUCUUGCAACUUCAACUUUUUGUUGUUAUUUUGUUAUGGCGAACCGGUGGUGGACCGGGUCGGUGGGUCUGGAGAACUCUGGCGACUCAAUGAAAAAACCGGAUCUGGGGUUUUCCAUGAACGAGAGUGCGGUGACGGGGAACCAUACAGGAGAAGAAGAGGAGAAAGAGAACAGCGACGAGCCCAGAGAGGGAGCGAUCGACGUCUCCACCACGCGCCGCCCUAGGGGCCGUCCACCGGGCUCCAAAAACAAGCCGAAACCGCCGAUAUUUGUCACCAGAGACAGCCCUAACGCGCUGCGAAGCCACGUCAUGGAGAUCGCCGCCGGAGCCGACAUCGCCGACUGCGUGGCGCAGUUCGCUCGGAGGCUCCAGCGCGGCGUCUCCAUUCUCAGCGGCAGUGGCACCGUCGUCAACGUCACUAUCCGCCAGCCCACGGCGCCAGGCGCCGUCAUGGCGCUCCACGGCCGGUUUGAUAUCCUCUCCCUCACAGGCUCCUUUCUCCCCGGACCGUCCCCUCCCGGCGCCACCGGGCUCACCAUCUACCUCGCCGGAGGCCAGGGGCAUGUCGUCGGCGGCGGGGUGGUGGGCCCGCUCUUGGCGGCGGCUCCCGUUUUGUUAAUGGCGGCUACGUUUUCCAAUGCUACGUACGAAAGAUUGCCUCUAGAGGAUGAUGAUCAGGAACACGGCGGCGGCGGAGGCUCUCCGCCGGGAAUUACCGGCGGUCCCGGCGAGGCCUCGUCGUCGAUUUCGGUUUAUAACAAUAAUGUUCCUCCUAAUUUAGGUCUUUCGAAUGGGCAACAUCUGAACCAUGAAGCUUAUUCUUCUUCUCCUUGGGUUCAUUCUCCUCAUGCCAGACCUCCUUUCUAAUUCAACGUGCUAGCUAGCUAGAGAGGAACGUGUUACAUAUAUUAUUAUUACAUAGAAGGAUGAUAAUAUUAUGAUAUGAUAUAAUGAUAUAGUGUGUUUGUAUAUUUAAUUUACUUGCGAUCUCGUCUCACCUGGACAGUGACCAUGCCGUUGCUUCUUUCUGUAAUUUCUUCAGUUUUACCCCAGUGAUCACUUUUUAGUUUUCACUCUUGCCAUCUCUGCUUCUAUAUAUUUCCUUCCUUUCUACUA